UGUGCCUGGCUGGGAAUGGUGGAGAUGGUGGUGAUGGGUAGUCAAGGUGUGCUGGAGUAUGCAUACACAUAUGUGCUGUGUGAGGGAGUAGGCUAGUUAGGUCCUUGCUCGGGCCCCCUGACACUUUGACUGGGUUUCUCUUUGGGCUAGCUCAGAAGAUUUCCUGUCACAGACUUUUAGCUGAGGAGCCUGGUUGUAUUCUUUAUGAGCUACUCUGCUCUGCUUUGUUUUCAAAGAUCAUUUUUUUUUUCCCCUCACCAAGUGCUGUAAUCUACGUGGCUCCUUUCAGGGGUUGUUCUGAUUGAGCUGUGGUGUUGGACAUCUCUUUCCUUUGAGUCUUCCUCACUGGCUAUACGUCCCAUGUUAAAAUUUUUGUCCUGUGAACAGCAGGAAACAUCACAAGUUUUGAAAUGGGGAAUGAUGCAGUCCUUUGUUUUAGAGUGAUCCUUCUAGCAUGUGAGCUAGAGAGGGCAGUACCAGCAGCAGGGAGACCAGGUGGGAAGCUGCAGUGGCUCAGGCUAGGGGAGAUUAGAACUGAUCUGGCUGGUCGUUGGAUCAGGGCAGAGUUGAGAGGAUGUGAAUAAUCGUAUUGAAAGAAAUGGAGAGGCGUUAAGAUGAUGCUCAUAAUCUAGGUUAGUCAACCAGAUGGCUAAUAAUAGGGACUACAGAAGAGCCCAUGUGUUGAGGAGGAUGUUUUGGUUUUAGAGAGAGAGUUGGGAUGCUUGUGGUAUAUCCAGGAAGAACUUGUCAGUAAGUAGGAGGAAAUAAGGGCUUGGAGCCCAGUAGGAGAGAUUUGGAUGUCUUCAGGGUACAAGUAGGUGACUGGUACUUAUCUUUUUCUUCCCCAAUAUACCUGAGUGGUAAAUCUCACUCCAGCUAGCAGAAGUGGAUCACCGAGUUAUUCUUAAACAUGGACUAGGGAGGAGGCCCAAGUGUAGUUUGGAAAGUUUCCUAUGAGGCUCUACUACCCUUUUCUCUCACUUGCUCUAAGUGGGGGUCGUUGUGGUUGACACCAUGGAAGAUUUGAGGUGGCUGACUGAGGAGAGUUCAUAGAGGCUGAACAGAAGAUAACCAAGGAUGAGGCAAUUGAGAAGAGCAGCAGGAAAAUGAAGGGAGAGAGAGAUGAUGAAAGUAAAGAGAGGCCUUAACAAAAAAAAAAAAAGAAUUACAAAGAUGGUGAUCAAUAAGAUGCAUCUUGCAGUGGAGGUAAGGUUUGGUGUGGGAUUUCCAAAAGAGAAUUACUGAUUUGGUAGUUAGGAAAUCUGUAGUAGCCAGUGGAGCCCUGGUGGUGUAGUGGUUAAGAGUUCGGCAGCUAACCAAAAGCUUGGCAGUUCCAAUCCACCAGCCACUCCUUGGAAACUCUGGGGCAGUUCUACUCUGUUCUGUAGGGUUGCUGUGAGUCAGAAUCAACUUGAUAGCAACAGGUUUGGUUUGGUUUUAUAGUAGCCAAUACAAGAGUAGUUUUUGUAGUGUCAUGGGGUCCCAGCCUCGACCGUAUUGAGUUGGGUAGUAAAUGGAGCAGUCAGCUGAAAGUGGCUCAUUUGGUGGAAAGUAGGAAUGUAGUGAAAGGGGGAAUUAGGAUCAAAGAGAGAACCUUACAAGAUCAGAAGACAGACUUACGUGGAGGCUUAAGGAGUAAGGACGGGAUUUGAAGAUUUGAGAAAGGGAACACAUUAUCGCAUGUGAUCUAGGAAGCCUCCAUUCAUCCUCUUUCUUAUCCACACAGCAAAUGUUUGAGUGUCUGUCUGUACAAGGCGUUGUGGUUCAGCAUUGAAUAGAAUCAGCAUGGCCCUUGUCUUCACAGAACAUGUAAAACCAAAACCAAACCCACUGCCGUUGAGUCAAUUCUGACUACUGGUGACCCUAUGGGAUAGAGUAGAACUGACGUGUAGGGUUUCCAAGGCUGUAACUUUAUAGGAGCAGAUUGCCACAUCUUUCUCCUGGGAAGUAGCUGGUGGGCUUGAACCACUGACCCUUUGAUUAACAGCUGAGUGCUUAACCACUGUACUACCAGGGCUCCUUAUAGAGCUUAUAAACCAAACCUGUUGCUGUCAAGUCAAUUCUGACUCAUAGCGACCCUAUAGGACUGGAUAGAACUGCCCCACCAGGUUUCCAAGGAACAACUAGCAGAUUGGAACUGCCAGCCUUUUUGUUAGCAGCGAGUUCUUAACCGCUGUACCACCAGGGCUCCAUAUAUCAUAUAAUUAGUGAGAAGUUCUGACAAAGACCUAACUAAAAUAGAGCAUGAAAUAUAGGUUGCUAUGACAUCACAAGUUUUUAGUCUUUAAGAGAAGACUAUCUUAGCAAAUGAAGAUUAAGCUGAGACCAGAAGCUUUAGUCAGGUAAUUAAAGGGUCAAUUUGGGGAAAGGCUGCUUCAGGCAGGGAUAGAAUAGUUGAAGGCUAAGAGAUGAGAGAGGAACAGAAAGUAAAACAAACAAACAAAAAACAUCUUGUGGGUUACAGCAGAGUCCCUGGGUGGUACAAACAGUUAAUGAGCUUGACUGCUAACAAAAAGGCAGAAGGUUUAAGUCCACUAAGAGGCACUUCAGAAGAAAGGCUUGGCAGUCUGCUUCUGAAAAAUCAGCUGUUGAAAACCCUUUGGAGCAUAGUCCUACUGUGACGCACAUGGGGUCACCAUGAGUUGGAAUUGACUCAAUGGCAACUGGUUUUUAUAGGCUAAAGCAUGGAGUGCAGAGAGCAGUGUGAGUUGAAGCCAGAGAUAAAGGUCUAUUCAGAGUGAUCUUUGUAAUCUGGGUUCAAGAAUUUGAACUUUAGCCUGAGGAAAUGUCAACCUAUUUAAACAUUUUAGAUAGGAGAAUGACAUGAUCAGAUUUUUAUUUUAGAAAUAUCAUUUAGGCUGCACUAGUGUGGAUGAAUUAAAGGGAGCAAGAUCAGAAUCAGAGAGAUCAAGUGUAUUGUUAUUGUUGUUAGGUGCUGUUCAGUCAAUUCCAACUCAUAGUGACCCUAUGUGCAACAGAACGAAACACUGCCUGGUCCUGUGCCAUCCUCACAGUCCUUGUUAUGGUCGAGCCAAUUGUUGCAGCAACGUUGUCACUCCAUCUUGUCAAGGAUCUUCUUAUUUUUCACUGACCCUCUACUUUACCAAGCAUGAUGUCCUUCUCAGUGGCUGGUCCCUCCUGGUAACAUGUCCAAAGUACGUGAGACGAAGUCUCGCCAUUCUUGCUUCCAAGGAGCAGCAUUCUGACUGUACUUCUUCCAAGACAGGCUUGUUCAUUCUUGUGACGGUCCUUGUUAUAUUCAGUAUUCUUUGAUAAACACCAUAAUUCAGAGUCAUCAAUUCUACUUCAGUCUUUCUUAUUUGUUGUCCAGCUUUUGCAUGCUUAUGAGGUGAUUGAAAAUAUCAUGAUUUGGAUCAGGUGCACCUUAGCCCUCAAAAUGACAUCAUUGCUUUUCAACACUUUAAAGAGGUUUGUUGCAGCAGACUUGCUCAAUACUAUAUGUAGUUUGAUUUCUUGACUGCUUCCCUGGGCGUUGAUUGUGGAGCUGAGUAAAAUGAAAUCUUUGACAACUUUAGGAUUUUCUCCGUUAUUCAUGACGUUGGUUAUUUGUCCAGUUAUGAGGAUUUUAAUUUUAAGUUUAGGUAACCCAUAAGUAGUCUUUGAUCAUCAUCAGUAAGUGCUUCAUGUUCUCUUCACUUUCAGCAAGCAGGGUUGUGUCAUCUGCAUAUCACAGGUUGUUAGUCUUCCUCCAAUCCUGAUGUUGAGUUCUUCCACAUAUAGUCCAGCUUCUCAGACUAUUCACUCCGAAUAUAGAUUGAAUAAGUACGGUGAAAGGAUACAACACCUGACACACACCUUUCCUAACUUUAAGUCAUGCAGUAUGCCCUUGUUCUGUUCACAUGACUGCCUCUUGAUCUUAACGUACAGGUUCCUCAUGAGCACAAUUAAAUGUUCUGGAAUUCCCAUUCUUUGCAAUGUUAUCCAUAAUUUGUUGUAAUCCACACAGUCAAAUGUUUUUGUGUAGUCAAUAAAACACAGGUAAACAUCUUUCUGGUAUUCUCUGCUUUCAGCCAGGAUCCAGCUAACACCAGCAGUGGUAUCCUUUGUUCCAUGUCCUGUUCAGAAUCUGGCUUGAAUUUCUGGCAGUUUCCUGUCAGUGCAGUGCUGCAACUAUUUUUGAAUGAUCUUCAGAAAAAUUUUACUUGCAUGUGAUAUUAAUGAUAUUGUUUGAUAAUUUCCACAUUCUGUUGGAUCAGCUUUCUUUGGAAUGGACACAGAUAUGGCUCUCUUCCAGUCAGUUGGCCAGGUAGCUGUCUUCCAAGUUUCUUGGGAGUGAGCACCUCCAGUGGUGCAUCCGUUAGUUGAGAUGUCUCAGUUGGUAUUUCGUCAAUUCCUGGAGCCUUGUUUUUUGCCAAUAUCUUCAGCGAAGCUUGGACUUCUUCUUUCUAUACUAUUGGUUCUGAAUCAUGGUACCUCCUGAAAUGGUUGAACAUUGACCAAUUACUUUUGGUACAGUGACUCUGUACUUACGUCUUCUUUUGAUGCUUCUUGCAUCAUUCAAUUUUUUUGCCCAUAGAAUCCUUCAGUAUUGCAACUUGAGGCUUGAAUUUCUUUAGGUUUUCAGCUUGAGAAAUGCCAAAUGUGGUCUUCCCUUUUGGUUUCCUAACUCUAGAUCUUUGUACGUUUCAUUAUAAUACUUUCCUUUGUCUUUUCAAACUGCCCUUUGAAAUCUUCUGUUCAGCUCUUUUACUUCAUCAUUUCUUCUGUUACACCAUGUUCAAGAGCAAGUUUCAGAGCCUCUUCUGACAUCCAUUUUGGUCUUUUCUUUCUUUCCUGUCUUUUCAGUGACCUCUUGCUUUCUUCCUGUGUGAUGUCCUAGAUAUCGUCUCACAACUUGUCUGGUCUUCAGUCAUUAGUGUCCAGUGCAUCAAAUCUGUUUUUAAGAUGGUCUUCAAAUUCAGGUGGGAUAUACUUUCAUGUAUUUGUUUAAUUUUCUUCAGCUUCAACUUGAACUUGCAUAUAAGCAAUCAGUGGUCUGUUCUACAGUUGGCCCUGGCCUUGUUCUGACCGAUAAUGAUAAGCUUUUCCAUUGUCUUUCUCUAGAUGUAGUUCGAUAUGGUUCCUGUGUUUUCCAUCCAGUGAGGUCCAAGUAUAUAGUUACUGUUUAAUUUUCCUACAUUCAUUGUACAUUCCAUGCUCUGAUUAUUAAUGGAUGUUUGCAGCUGUUUCUUCUCAUUUCGAGUUGUGCCACAUCAGCACGUGAUGGUCCUGAAAGCUUAUCUCCAUCCAUGUCCUUAAGAUUGACUCUACUUUGAGGAGGCAGCUCUUCCCCAAUCGUAUUUUGAGUGCCUUUGGACCUGAGGGGCUUAUCUUCCCGCACUGUAUCAGACAGUGCUCUGUAGCUAUUCGUAAAAUUUUCACUGGCUAAUUUUUUUAGAAGAAGACAGGUCCUUCUUCCUAGACUGUCUUAUUCAAGAAGCUCUGCUGAAACCUGACCACCAUGGAUGGCCUUUCUGGUAUUUGAAAUAGCGGUGUCAUAGUUUCCAGCAUCACAGCAACACGCAAGCCACUGCAGUAUGACAAACUGACAGAUGAAUGGUGUCAAGUGUAUAGGUUGAUUAAUUUUGGAGAUGGGAGAGAAGAAGAUAAAAAUAUUUGUGAUAACAAAAAUUAGGUGCCUAGUUGAGAAGACUAGUUGAGAGAGUUCGUAUAUGAUGAUACAUGUUUCUGUGAAGAAGGAGAUUAAAUUACCUAUUGAGAGUGAGGUGCCCAGUUUAUGUUAAUAGUUGGCUUAGUAUAAACGCUAUCUAGACUAGAUUAAGACGUUUGGUUUCUGUCAUGGCAUGUCCUAGAGACUUAAUAGUUGGAAUGAUUGAUGUUCCUGAUUAAAUCACUUCUCUUGGUAUAGAAACUCCAGUUUGUUCUCUCACUGGCUGACUCAACAGUGUCAUUCUGGUGUUAGGCACCUUGAGAAAAUAUGGAGGAAUGGGUAAGGGGUUAGAAACAGGAGAAAAUGCCAGGAUUUGGUCAGUGUAUUAGUCAAUCUAUUAUUUUGUAACAAAUUACCUCAAAAUUUAAGCUCUUAAAACAGCAAACAAUUAUCUCAUAGUUUCUGUGGGCCAGGAGUCUGGACACAAUAUAGCUGGGUGCCCCUAGCCCAAGAUCUCUCACUAAGCUGCAGUUAAGAUGUUGUCAGGACUGUGUUGGUUAAGAUGUUGUCAGGGCUGUGGUUGAAGGCCCACUGGGGAAUGAUCCACUUCAAAGUUCAACCAUGUGUUUUUUUUUGGCAGGAUCCAGUUUCUUCAGGGUUGUUGGACUGCCAGCCUCAGUUCCAUGUGGGUGGUUGGCUGGACACUUCCCUCAGUUCCUUGCUACAUGGGUCUCUCCAUAGGGCACCUUACAACAUGGCAGCUGGCUUCCCUUGGAGACAGAGACAGCAUGCCCGCGAGACUUCCAUCACUUUUGCCAUAUUCUCUUUGUUAGAAAUGAAUCUCUACAUCCAGUCCAUACUCAGUGGGAUGGAUAGGACAUUCUAGAGACUGCCUUUCACAGUCAGAUUGUCAUUCUUGGGUAGCAUAUGUAACUCAGAUGUGUAGUUCCAAUGCAUAUUAACCUAAAUCCUGUGGCCUUGUGGGAGAUGAGGUAAUUUUGAAGGGAAAAUUGAUUCAUUGAAAUCUAGCAAUGCUAGUUUGUCCUUUUCUGUGUUAUUCUUUUAUGAAUAAAUUUGAGGUUUAUUGAACAGCAUGGCAAAGUCAGGUAGUGGUGUAUUAAUUCUGCAGCAUGGCUUAUCAUUACCGCCUUUUAAUGUUCGUUAGACAAAAACCAGCAAUACCUGUGGAUAAUUUUAACAGGGAAACACCUAAUCUGGGUUUGUAUAUAUGGUACUCCAAGUACCCCAUUGCCAUCGAGUCGAUUCCAACUCAUAGUGACUUUUUAGGAUAGAGUAGAACUGCCCGCUAGGGUUUCCAAGGAGCAGCUGGUGAAUUCGAACUGCUGGCCUUUUGGUUAGCAGCCGAGCUCUUAACCACUGCGCCUCCGGGGAUCCGUAUGUAUGGUCGAUAUUCCAAACUGUUUCAAAUUUGGUUGGGAACUGAAAGCAUUUUCCUUUUUAACCAGUGCCAUGUUAUUGGUGUUAGCUGUCAUUGAGUCAGCCCCUGACUCAUGGCGACCUCAUGCACAAUGAAACAAAGCACUGCCUGGUCCCGUGCCACUCCAUGAUCGAUUGUAGAUCAGACCAUUGUGAUUCGUAGGGUUUUCGUUGUCUAAUUUUUGGAAGUAAAUUGCUGGGCCUUUCUUCCUUGUCUUUCUUAGUCUGGAAGCUCAGCUGAAACUUGUUCAGCAUCAUAGCAACAUGCAAGCUUCCACUGAUAGACAAGUGGUGGCUGUGCGUUGAGGUACGUUGGCCAAGAAUUGAAUCCCUGUCUCCUGCAUGGAAGGUGAAAAUUCUACUGCUGAACCACCAAUGCUUCCAAAGCAAUGCUAUGUAUGGUGAUUCAUUUCCUUACCCAUCCAGUGAAAAAUCAUUUAGGGCAGGGUGUAUUAUAAGGCUUCUCGUGGCACAUGUGCUUCUAGGCCUUAGGCUCUAGGGGUCACAGUUGUGGCUUUCUCCUCACCAGAGCCCCUGCCUUUGCUCCUUCCUUCAAGGGACCAGGGCCCUGGGAACCUUGAACACAGAGGCCUUGGCAUAUCUGGAGACAGAGCUGUAUGCAGAGAGCCCCCAGAUACAAAACUCCAAAUGUAGCGCACUGCGUAGUCCACUGCAUAGCCCGCUACUGGAGCUCUACAGAAUCUUAACUGCCACACCCCAACCCCACUGCUAGUAGAACCAGUUUUGUAAGGAAAAAAACUGCGAAUUCUAGCUGAACUGUGAAAAAUGAAAUAAAUGGCAUCAUGAAUACAGUGGAGUCCCUGGGAAGUUUAAGCAGUUAACAUGCUAGACUGCUAACUGGAAGGUUGAAGGCUCAAGUCUGCUUAGAGGCACCUCAGAAGAAAGGCCUGGCUAUCUCCUUUUGAAAAACCAGCCAUUGAAAACCCUGUGGAACACAGUUCAACUCUGACACACUUGGGGUCGCCAUGAGUUAAAAUUGACUCCACGGCAACUGUACAGAUAUAGUACACCCUCUUAAUUUAUGUAUUUUCAAGCCAAGGGUAGAUGACUACCUGUUAAGGCUGGAGAGGAUGCUUUGCUUGGGGGACUGGGCAGACUUCUAAUAGUCCUUUAAGCCCUAUUACUGUAUGCUCUGUUUAUAGUAUCCACUUAAACACCACAGCACUUUUCCUUACCCAGGCAAAGGGGCAGAGUGGCUCCUCCAUUUGGCCCCCCUCCUCACCCUCCCACCCACACUGCCUUCUGUAACCUGUGUUCUUUUUCAAGCCUGACUUUCAUGUUGUCUUAAUCUAAGUAAAAAUGUUGAGGGGGGAGAGGAAGAGGCACAUCACAGAGUGAGUUUUCUAGAGAUUGGAAUUCCUGGAUAGCUUUUGGGCGAUCUAGAGAACCAAGCGCCCGUAGGCUGUUGGUGUUGUUUAUAGUAUUCUUCCUCUGGUCCAGUUCCCUGGCCACCUUAGUCCACGCUAGCUGUUGUCACCGCUGCCUCAGACAGCAAUUGAUCUGUUGAAGCAGAGCAACCGGUCUGUCCCCUUCCCUCUUUCCCCCUUUUCCCUCUGAACCUGGCUUGCUUUUCUUUUUUCAUUUCUGGAGAACACAGUCGUUUAGUAUAAUAUUUAAAAGACAUUUUAUUUUCAUUCAUGCCUUUUGUCAUGAUAAUAACAAAGAGGGUAAUAUAUAAGUAAUACUGUGAUUUGAGCCCUGGUGUCACGGUGGUUAACAGCUCAGCUGCUAACCAAAAGGUCAUCAGUGCAAGUCGCAUCAGCUGCUCCUUGGAAACCCUAUGGGUCAGUUCUACGCUGUCCUGUAGGGUCACUGUGAGUUGGAAUCAACUCAGUGGCAACGGGUUUGUUUUUUUUUUUUUAAUCGUGAUUAUAGGACAGGAUUGGGUUAAUUGAAGAUUGACAGUAGGUUUUCUGAGGACACCAACAAUGCCAGUAAUAUGCCUUUGGAAAAUGAAGAGUUUCCGCUGAUUGUAAUUGGAUUUUUUUACCUUAUAUCUUCAGCACACUAGAGAAUGUGAGCUGUUACCUUGAUUUUAUUUUUCUCUUGCAUACCAAUCCUAUAAUGGACCAACUUGAUAUGUUAUGUUUCAUGGUCACACUACCUGUGGGUCCCAGAUCUUGAGGAUGCUUGUUUUCCUUUAUCGCAGAACUUGGCAGAGUUUGAUUUAAGCUACAAUAAAACCUUCCCCCCUCAAAAAAGGAAAGACAGCUUAAAGGGUGUUAAUCAGUAGUUAUAUUUUGGCUGUGAAACACAGCCAAAUGUUUAGGAAAAUAGGCAUACUAAUUUCAAAUCUUAAAUUUGUAAAUUUUUUCUGCAGAGAUGUGAUAAAUGUCUUUUUGCAUGAAUCUUUGUUUUCAGGAUUAAUUACUUGAAUUGAUGAAAGUCUUUGGCUCCAUCAGAUCUUUCUGUUGGAUUUUCAUUAAGGAUGAAAUAGAUUCCUACUGUGUCGGGAUGAGUAGUAGUAGUGCAGAAGUUAGGAAGCUGCGUAAGUGAGGAUGCAUUUAAUCCAACACAUAUCUCUUUAUGGUACAAGCGCGAGGUAUAAUGCUGAGAGAAAAUGUGAAAACAAUAGGACAUAUGAUCAGGCUGUACACAAACAAAAACACUACGCUCAACGGUACAGGUACAUGUGGGUGAGAUACAGGGUAUCGGCUACUAGAGGGACUUCUGAGCAUACAAAACAAUUAGUGUCCACGGAACACCACCUGCCCCACUAUCCCCCAGAUUAUCCUGAAGGCAGUAAUUCCAGCGAUUAUCUUAUUCAAACAACAACAUACCUUCCGGAAAACUUCACAUACUCACCAUACCUUCCCUGCCCAGAAAAACUGCCUUACAUGAGGGGAUUCCUCAAUGUCAAUGUAAGUGAAGUCAGUUUUGAUGAAAUUCAUCAUCUCUUCGCCAAGGAUGUAGAUAUUGAGCCAGGAGGUCACUGGAGGCCUAAAGACUGUAAACCCAGAUGGAAGGUGGCUGUUCUCAUCCCUUUCCGUAAUCGCCAUGAACAUCUUCCGAUUUUUUUCCUGCACCUGAUUCCAGUGCUCCAGAAACAGCGGCUGGAAUUUGCCUUUUAUGUCAUUGAACAGACUGGCACACAGCCCUUUAACCGCGCAAUGCUCUUCAAUGUGGGCUUCAAAGAGGCCAUGAAAGACAGCGCCUGGGACUGCGUGAUUUUCCACGAUGUGGACCAUUUACCUGAAAAUGACCGAAACUAUUACGGAUGUGGAGAAAUGCCACGUCAUUUUGCAGCAAAGCUGGAUAAAUACAUGUAUAUCCUCCCAUACAAGGAGUUCUUUGGUGGUGUGAGUGGACUGACAGCCGAACAGUUUAGGAAGAUCAAUGGUUUUCCUAACGCCUUCUGGGGAUGGGGAGGAGAAGAUGAUGACCUUUGGAAUAGAGUUCACUAUGCUGGAUAUAAUGUAACAAGACCAGAGGGAGACUUAGGGAAAUACACGUCUAUUCCUCAUCACCAUCGUGGUGAGGUCCAGUUUUUAGGACGGUAUAAAUUGCUGAGGUAUUCAAAGGAGCGUCAGUACAUCGAUGGGUUGAACAAUUUAAUAUAUACGCCAAAAAUACUGGUUGAUAGGUUGUAUACAAAUAUAUCUGUAAACCUCAUGCCAGAAUUAGCUCCAAUUGAAGACUAUUAAAAAAACUAGCUCUCAUGGCAAGAUAGACCACAGUCCUCGGUUAUAAACUUGGAGUUCACUCUUAAUGGAGGCAAAUGAAUGGAUGUGUCAUGGUGCCCAGUUUUCUGAGGAGAAGAGCCAGCAGGUAUUAAUGUUUACAGUGUGGAACAAUAUCCAGUCAGACUUCUUCCAUUCGUCCUGUCUACUUGGAGACACACCCUCAUAGCAAGCACUGCAGAAGCGAGGUGCCAUUGCUUGAGAUUGGAAGUAAAGAGAGCUCCCUACAAAGAGAACAUUUUUAUACUAAAAACUAUAAUUUCCUUCAAGAGAAUGCUUUAUUUCCAUUUAAACAGAUUUUGUACAUACGUGAUAUAAAUCUGUUCAAAUUGUUGAAAACUAAAAUGUGUUACAGUUUUGCAUGUAAUUGGUUAUGCCUUUAACUUUUAUAGACAUUUUUUAUUUGCAUGAGAAAAACAACAUAAACUUAAGUCAGUCACUAAACAAAGGUUAACCCUUGUGUGAAAUGAAGGAACUGUCAAUAAUUGACAGCCAACUAAUACAGUAAACUGUUAUACUAGUUUUGAGCUAUCGACCUUCAGCCUUUUGUAUAGAAAUCACAGCUUUCUCAGAGUUUUAAAGGGUGAGAAGAAAGAAUUUAAGCAGCUUUUCUUCCUACCAGAAUUACCUAUUUUUUCCUUGCUUGCUGUCUCAUCAGAUUUUGCUAAAUCACAACCAUAUUGUUUAUGCAUAUUGCAUGAGUACUACCAAGAAAACCUUAAAAGUUGUGAUGUGACAUGAUAUAAAGGACCUCUUGAUGUUAAAUGUCUUUCCUGUACCUCUGGUAUAAGUGUCAGGGAUUUUGUGCCUCAAAAAAUGUUCCCAAGGUUGUGUGUGUUUGUACACUGUAUUUUUUUUUAAUUCAUAGAGAACAGCACUUUUAUUACUUCCAGUUCAAAUGAGCCAAAAAAAAAAAAGUCUAUCUUCAUUAAAAAAAAAAAAAAUUUUUUUUUUUUUUUUAAAGAAUGAGCUAUGGAAAGCCCAGUAAUACUUAUACAAAUGAAUUAUAGUAUUAGAUUAAAUGUUCUAUUUUUAUGAAAAUAAACUCUUAGUAGAUAAAAAAUUUUAAGUUUAAUUAUCAGAAUCAUAGAAUUUCAGGUUUGAAAGGGAUUCUUUAAGGUUGGCCAAUUUAAUUCAAACUAUAUAUGUGUUUUUUACUUUUGAGAAAUGAUAUCUCAUUAAUUAUUAAAAUUUCCUCACAGAAAGCAUUAUUUAAUAGAAUUAUGUUGAAAACAUAAUUAGUUAUUUAAAUGCACUGAUACUUUAAUAUGACAUGUCUCUGAAAACAAGUUUCACUGCCCGACAUCAGGUAUAUUACUUUAUUUUUUUAAUUUGGGUAGAGUUUUCCAUGACAAAACCAAGCAAUGCCCUUACUUUGAAAAUUAUCAUGGUUAACCAAAGAUUCUUUAAACUAUCUUAAGAUAUUUUCACAAAUUUCAAACAAAGAAUUGUAGAUCUGUAAAAUGAGUCUUCAAUGACAAUGAAGAAGAAUAUUAAUCUGUAUGUGAGAGAUAUUUGGGUACCGUUUGCCUCAUGGGUUGUUUAUCUAACACAGAAAGAUGGUUAUUUACCUCAGGUUGUAAGUUUAAUUUUGAAAUUUCAUUUUCUAUGGCAAUAUUGGUAACACAAAUAACCGCAAACCAAAUCAUAAAAUAAUUGAAAUUCUUUUAACUUUGAGAAAACUAGUAGCUCUCUCUAGGAUACUAAACAGAAUUUUUCCACGUUUGUUUCUU